CUGGCUAGUCUUUAUCAAACGGUCAACUGAUUCGCACGAAGCUGACGUUGAGCGAAAGGCCGACCGGUAAUGCGGCUAGCGAACUGAUAUUUACCAUUUGGCCAAAUUUCGCAGAAUUCAUUCAGAUCGCGAAGAACAGUGAGCAGCUUGUGAAGUGAUAGUGGAGACCAGUUAUCAAUGCAGUCAGAAGUGUUGCAUUGCGUGGGACUACUCAUAUCGCACCGGAAAAGAUGAAAGUUAGCAGGUUGUUUAGGCAGAUCAAACACUCGGCUUAUCGCAAGAUUCGCCAGGCCACCAUCGCCGAGUGGAUUCUCAAGCUGUUCUUUAUAUUCUCCUGCAUGAUCAUCACGGUGGUGCUCAUCAUUCACAAGUACCAGAGUCUAUCCAACUUUAAAAAGGCGCUUUACUACCGCUACGUCAGCGAUGAGCCAUUCUUCAACGGUGGUCGCAGGAACGUUGAUCGCAUUCGAGUCGACUGGCAUGACUAUGCGUAUAUCGAGUACGAGACCGAACGGGAAGGUCCCGGUGAGCACGGGAAGCCUGUCAAGCUAGAAAAACCGGAGGAUAUCAAGCUGAACGAGAAAUUGUUCAAAGAAAAUGGCUAUUCGGCCGUCAUUAGCGAUAUGAUUGCAUUAAACCGAUCGGUGCCGGACAUCAGACAUCAACAAUGUCGCAAAAAGCGCUAUCUCCAGGAACUGCCAACGGUCAGCGUGAUUGUUAUUUUCUACAAUGAGCACUGGAGCACGUUACUGCGAACCGUUUACAGUGUUCUUAAUCGAUCGCCCUCGCAACUUCUGAAGGAAAUCGUUUUGGUCAACGAUCAUAGCACCAAGGAGUUUUUGUGGAAACCGUUACAGGAUUUCGUACAGAGUGAACUGGCACCAAAAGUGAAGCUAAUUAAUUUGCCAGAGCGAUCGGGAUUGAUAACAGCCCGUUUGACUGGAGCUAAGGUUGCUAGCGGAGACGUGCUGAUCGUGCUCGACUCACAUACAGAGGUGAAUGUGAAUUGGCUGCCUCCGCUAUUAGAGCCGAUAGCCGAGGAUUAUCGUACGUGCGUUUGUCCGUUCAUCGAUGUUAUCGCGCACGAUACAUUCCACUAUCGGGCCCAAGAUGAAGGGAAACGGGGUGCCUUCGAUUGGAAGUUCCUGUACAAGAGAUUGCCUCUACGGCCACAAGACCAAUUGGAUCCAACCGAGCCCUUCGAAAGUCCCAUCAUGGCUGGCGGAUUGUUUGCCAUUAGUGCAAAGUUUUUCUGGGAGCUCGGUGGCUACGAUGAAGGGCUGGACAUAUGGGGUGGGGAGCAGUACGAGUUGAGCUUCAAGAUUUGGCAAUGUGGCGGUAAAAUGGUUGAUGCACCGUGUUCUCGUGUUGGUCAUGUGUAUCGAGGGUAUGCACCGUUCCCAAAUCCCAGAGGAACAAACUUUGUCACGAAAAACUUCAAAAGAGUGGCAGAAGUGUGGAUGGAUGAAUACAAACAGUUUCUGUACGAACGAAAUCGACAAUUUGACAAAGUCGAUGCAGGCGAUCUAACCAAGCAGAAAGCAUUGAGGGAGAAGCUUCAGUGUAAACCAUUCAAGUGGUUUUUGGAAGAGGUUGCUCCGGAUCUGGUGGUUCGCUAUCCGUUCAGAGAUCCGAAGCCAUUUGCUUCAGGAAGAGUUCAGAGCUUAGCUAAUCCUAAGUUGUGUCUGGACUCGAUAAACCAUAAAGCAAAGCAACCUAUUGGCGUAUUUAGCUGCGCUGCGAACAAGACCCACCCCCAGAACAAUCAGUUCCUCACCCUGACCUAUUACCGAGACAUUCGAGUUGCCAGCGUGGAUAAGUGCCUAGACGCAUCGAGUGAUGACUCCGAAGUAAUACUUUUCAACUGCCAUGAAUCGCAGGGUAAUCAGUUGUGGCAGUACGAUGUAGAAAAUCAAUUAAUUCUGCACGGGAAACCGAGUCGGAAUCAGUGUCUUGAUCUCGUGGGACGAAAAGUGAUUGUAUCCCAAUGUGAUCACAGAAAAAAGACCCAGCGAUGGGAGUGGGGUUUUGUAGAUGAGACUAAUUUAAAAAAUUGGCAAACCUAUGGAGCUAAGCUGUUGCCCUAAUGCUCAUUUUUGAACGUUUUAUUUGUUCCUCUUAUAGACUGGUUACUGUAAAUAAAAAAUGAAAAAAAAACUCGUUGA